UUUGACCGAGUGACAUUAUUAUGACAUUUAUUCUGGCGAUUUACAGAUACGGACGGGUCUAAACCGUUCCGUGAUUUCCAAGUGCGUUGUAGUGUAAUACCGCCAAAUAAAAGUGUAACUGUGCUUGUAAAAUAUUAAUAUAUUAUUAAAAAAUGGUGUCGUCAAGUGUGAUGUACGCGGCGGUGCCAAUCUCCGUGCUAGUGGCUAUAGGUUUGAUUCGUAAGUGGAGGGCUCGUAACUGGGCUAAAUGUGUCAGUAAUACAUGUUUGAGAGGGAAAACCUUCUUGAUUACGGGGGCAAACAGUGGGAUAGGGUUGGAGACGGCUAAGGCCCUGGCGAAGAGGAAGGGCCGCGUAAUAUUCGCCUGCAGAGACAUCGGCAAAGCGAAGGAGGCGAUCGCUAAGAUCCGGAAGGAGCAGCCAAAUGGAGGGGAAAUGAUCCCCAUGCAGCUAGAUCUAGCAUCAUUUGAAUCUAUAGAAAACUUCGUGGAAGUCAUGAAGGCUGGCUUCCACAAGAUCGACGUUCUUAUCAAUAACGCCGGUGUCGUGGUGCCGCUGAAAGAAGACCAGAAAACCAAAGAAGGCUUUGAGAUACACUUCGGUGUCAACCAUUUGGGGCAUUUCUAUCUUACCAACCUACUAAUGGAACAUUUAAAGAGAGCAACUCCUAGCAGAAUAGUGGUUCUAUCAUCGACACUACACGAGCGUGGGAAUAUCGACUUUGAUGACUUGAACUUAAGGAAGCAAAUCGAACAGGCGAAGAAGUCUGGUACCAGCCCCCGCCAUAACCCAGGGUAUUCCAAUUCGAAGCUCAUGAAUGCGUACUUCGCGAGGGCUUUGGCUUCCAACCUGAGGAACAGUGGCGUUGACGUCAACUUAUGCUGCCCUGGUUUCUGUGCUACUAAUUUGUUCAGGCAUUCAGUAAAAUGGUACCACUAUAUUCUAAUGGCGCCUAUUAUGUUAUUCUUCAUGAAGACUGCCAAACAAGGCUCCGAAACAGUGGUAUUCUUAGCAACGGACCACACAGUCGAAGGGAAGACCGGCAAAUUCUACCGGAACUGUGAGGAGUACUUAUCUAAGUACCCGUUCGACAAAGAUGUUGAGACGAAGCUGUGGAACGUCAGUGAGGAGCUGGUGAAGGCCAGGAAACCUCUAUGAGAGGUCUGUUGUACUAAUAAGUAUAGUGCCAUUGUUGGUGUUAAUUAGUUAUGUUCGUAUCUGCCUGCGUCUCUUGGUUAGUCUAGUUUUUUUCAUUUAGAUAAUGUAAGUAAGGAUUUUCUGAAAACUUGUCUUUUUUAACAUGUCGGUGAAGGUAGGUGUUAUGUGUCCAUUUGCUUAUCACAAAUAGUUGCAUAUCGGACGACAGUAAAAAACCUGUCGUCUUGUGUCAUACUGUAUUUGUCGUAUGGUAUGUGGAGAUAUUUUAAAACGUCACUUAUAAAAGUUGUGACACUUUCAGUCACUUGGUGUCGUGUCGUUUACCAAUACGGCAGUCAAUCUUGUAGUCAAAUAUGUAUAUGAAAAAUCUAUACCCUUGUUAUAUUCUAAACAACUGUUUGACAUGUUUAUAUAUGUCGCACAAAUUGAUUUUGUCACCCAACCGGUUCAUUUUAUGUAGCGUAUUUGUAACUAAUUAAAAUUUCAAAUAAAAAUUGCUGUAUAAGGUAUAUCAAUAUAAUAAUAUCUGGAUAUUAUACCUAAGUACCUCUUUCGUUUGAGAUAACUCUGCCACGGGUUAUCAAUUGCAUUAUACCCUGAUAACGUUAAUUAUAUAUUAAAAUGACAAUGUAAUAAGAAAAUUCCUGUUUACAUUUAUAAACUAUUUAAGUUUGACUAAAAGAUGCUUAAAUAUAGUUUGGGUUUUGUAUAUUAGUGUAAAAAGAAAUGUUAUUUCUCUUUUUAAUAAAUUUAUUUAUAAUAUACUCUUGUUUUUUGACCAUGGGGUUAAAUUGAUAUUAGGUAAAUGUUUCUGUAUUUAAGUACUCAUGAAUAUGUAAUUUUUAUGGUAAAGUCUGUGUAAUUAGGUAUGUAAUAAAUAACAGUCAUUACCUAUAAACUGGUAAAUACGUCUGUACUCUAGUAAAAAAGUCUUCUGUAUUUAAAUAGGUAUAAAUCUUCAAUCUUGCGCGCGUCGCGAUCUUUAUUUGUGUAAGUGACCAAUCUGAGCGCACAAUCUUCAAGCCCACCUCCGUGUCUUAGACUUAUUUAACUGUGGAUGUGAAAGAGAGAUGUCGCUCCUCACUGUAUAUUGCGCGGGGUGGUAUUUUGAAGGGUACUGACCCUUCAAAAUGAAAAGUUUUUAUUUCAUAUAGGCCGUUUUCCAGACAGUUUCAAAACGUUACAAUAAUGCACGGUUCCAAAGUGCCAUUCUUAUGGAGAAGAACAGGCAAGAAACUCCACAUCCAAUGUCACAUUACUGUAAGUCGUGGUCGUAGACACUAAUGAGUAGGUAUGAGUAUGGGAUAAACGCCACACGCUAGUAGAUUGCAAAUUCAUUUCGUAACAAUAUGUAAUAUUUAUAUUUUAAAUUAAUUAAGGUUAAGUAUCCAAGUGUUAAUCCUCCACUACUUGCAACCUUGAGACGCAGGCAUGAGUGUAGCCAAAGUUAUAUUUAUGUUGUCAAUAAGAUGUCUACAUACGAGUCCAUAAGUCGUAUGAGUAAUAGCGCAAAUUUUUUAUCUGUGUUUUUUAUGUCUUGUCACAAUAACCGUCUUACAAAAGCUGUAUAAAUGAUGAUAAAAAGUAUAAAUGUCUUAAGUGACAUUAUGAUAUUGGACACGUAUCUUAACUUUCUGAUCAAUAGAAAUAAUAAAUAUAAAGUCCUUUUAAGUUCAGGUAGUUAUUGAUAAGACGGUAUAGUAAUUGUAGGUACCUAAGGGUAACAAUGACGCAGAAUUUCCUUUCACCGUUUCUUGAAAGUUUGAUGUUUUGACACAAAAGAAAAAAUGCGUACUUAUCCGAUAUCUACCUGACGGAUGUUAAAACAGAUUGUCAACUACCGCAUCAAUCCUUUUGUAAUUGUGCUUUCUAUGAUGUUCUGCCAACAUAAAACGUUUGACGUUUGAAUGAGGAAGAGAGAUGGUACUAUACACUCUGUACAGUUCCAUCUUUCUUACUCAGAGUGACGUUUUUUACGUCAUGGCACUAUAAACUCAGCCAGUUUCUUUGCGUGGUAAUAGUUCUUUGAAAAAGUCAUAUUGAAUACUCAGUUUUUUUUUAAAUUUUUUUGGCGGUAUUGGUUUUUAAUGGCGGCGGUUGUAAUUAAAUAUAGUUUGAACGGUAUUCGGUACUGUAAUGCAUAAUAUAGUUUUAGUGCUGUAUAUACUGAAGUUCCUUGGUCAUCAGCUAAGACAUUGUUAGUUGUAUCUGCGUAGGUUAGUCCCAAAUAAAUAUUUGUAUAUUAUUUAAUACAUUUUAAAAUGGG